UCUUUUUAUAUAUCAAUAAUAUUUGUACGUGUAAUACUUUGGGAAAUAUAGCGUUUUAAAAACGAAUGAAUCAGUUAUAGUAGCCAUGUAUUUCCUCAAGAAUCGCCUGACGGAUGGGCUAUGUUGGCCGGAACAUGCUAAAUAAAAAAUUUGCUUCCCUAAUGGCAACCCCACCACAUUUUAUUUGUAAGUACCACAGACAGGAUGCAAUACUACAGGAUCGCCAGGAUAUGCUAAGGAACAGCAAGCAGGGUAUUGGCAAUGGAGGCAGUACGUUCUUCCGAAACGUCGUUGCGCGACUACCAAGCUAUCCGGCGUCACUUACCACUGCCUCAGUGACCUACUAAAGUACUAAACUAACAAAUUACGUGAAAUAUGGCGUCCAUGGCGGCCAUCGUUACUGAAAUCGUAUGGACGUACGUAGAACUGUCAAAUUCAACGGAAAAUGAUACUGUCGUUUGUCAGCAAUAGUUGGAGCAGCUGGAGCGAGUUGGAGUAAGCAAAAGCGUUUUGCAGCAGUAGUGUUUUGUAUGAAUAACGAAGUAGGUGCCGAUAUGUAGCACAAUGUUGUUUGUUGUGUAUUAAGGAGGAAGAGGAGGCUCAGCUUUGAUUAUAUUGAAUUUUCUGAUUUAAUGCUGAAUGUCUACAAAACAACCGACGUAAACACGUGAUGUGUGUGAGAAGACGCAGACGUUAAAUGCAGUCCUUGGCUGAAGGCUGUGGGUGACGAAAUCCGAAAUUUUGGUAGUACUAAGAUGGCUUCGAACCCCAGCAUGGGAAAGUCGACAAAGUUGCCGCAACGUGAGGAAGUACAGUCUACGGAAUAUCAGCCUUUGGACAAGUCUUCUAGUAACACAUUAAAGCGGAAUCCCAAAAUGGAGUUAAAUAAAACUGACUUACUUAAGCUACUUAGUUACCUAGAAGGUGAACUGCAAGCCCGGGAUAUUGUUAUAGCUACUUUAAAGUCUGAAAGAGUGAAGCAGCUGUUAAACCAAGGACGUUUUAGGCCUUUGCUGUUCAAUGAUCCUCUAGCAGCGUUGCAGAGGGAUAGUUUUGCUGCUGCUGAAGCACGUGUUGAUGAGGCAGAAAUACGUUCAAUAGCUAACCAACAGAUGGCCACAUUAGAUAAUCUGGUGAUACAACAAAGAAGAUCCCAAAUGCGUCUGGCAAGAAUUCUGCGUGAUGCAGAAGAACGACAUCGUAAGGUUGUUCAAGAAUUAGAUGAAGAAAAGAGGAAACAUGAGCAUGAUACUGCUCAAGGUGAUGAUAUUACUUAUGGAUUGGAACGAGAAAGAACUCGAUUAAAACAGGAAUUGGAGUUAGAACGACAGGCUAAAAAAAAGCAGGAAAAGGAGCUGAAACGAGUUUCAGAUGUACUUGAGGAGGAGCGAAGUAGGCAAAAACAAAUUGUUCUCCUCUUACUUGAUGAGAGAAAGAAGCUGAUCAUGAAGUAUGUGGAGGAACGGAAGCGUUCAGAGGAUCUUGCUCAAAUUCUUGCAGAAGAGAAAGGAAGAAUUGAUUCAAUGGCAGAAGGAUUAGAAGAAGAAAGUAAGAAAUCUCUCCAAAUGGAAGCUGAACUUGAAAAGCAGCUGGCACAGUUUGAUAUAGAAAGGCAGCAACUAAGAGCGGCUGUGAUGAAGGAAGAAAAACGGGUCAGGGAUCUUGAAAUGGAAUUGGAGAAGGCAAAAGGUGAGGCAGAAGCGUUCAAGAAACAGCUUGCUGAAGCUCACCAGGUGGCUAUGUUCCAAGCAGGAACAGCUAGUGUUAGCCCACCAAGAAUGAUAUUACAACGCCCUGGAGUGGCAAGUACUCCACCACAACCACCAGUAAAGCCUGCGAUGAUUCCUCCUCAAACUUCUCCAAGACCAACUCCUGCCACACAACCACCGAGAGCGUGCUGGGCCUUUUCAGCUGGAGUGCCACUUACUCCCCCAAAACUAGGCACUUGGGGUCAGCCUGGAACACCUCAUGCAGAUGGCAGUAUUUCACCCCCACCCCCAGCUGCUGGCACACCAAUGAUUAGUUCUGUGGCCAAAGUUGUUCAGCCUACGGCAACUGUCUCAAGUGUACCUGUUUGUGGUCCAACUACAGGGAUAGCCCGGUCAGUAUCACCCGGUCAAGGGCUUCGCAGUGCUGUUUACUCACCUACUGCAGCCAGUGAAGUGCGGGCUGCAGUGCCUGGUCGAUCAGAUGCAGCUUCCUGGUCUCCAGCUCAACCUUCAGCCACACUAGAGCAGCCAAGUGCUCAGGUUACUGGAACAACAUCAGAGAAAAGGAGUCAGCAGCAGGCACAAGUAGUUCAGGUGACACCUCGAGUGAGUUUAUCUACAUCCCCUGGCACAAAGGUUUUCACAACCACACAAGGUGGAAAAGUCACAUUCCAUGUGACGACAAAUGCAAGUCUGCCCACAGGGAUGCUACCAUCUCAGACUCCAGAAUCCUUAACAUCUCAGACCAAAAAGCCCAUGCCACCAGGCAGAGGCAUUCCUCCACCUGUUCCACCUAAUAAGCCUGUUGUACCCCCCAAAAAAGAGACUGUUUCUGUGGCAGUCCGUCGACCAGAAGCCUCUUCUUCGACAGCUGACAGUGUUCCAGCAGAAGGCAAGAGCCAGAAGCUGAUAUCCGGAGGUGCACAAGGAGUGAAGUUUGGUAUUUCUGUAACUAAGGACAAAAUCCCCACACAGGGUGUGGAACUGGUGGAUAGUAGGAGGGACCCUCAGGUGGGUGCUGGGUCCCAGUGCUCUUCAUCUGCCUGUGCCUCUUCUUCCACCCAUGUAGAAGCAGCCAGUAAUGCACGCAGUGGGCCUGCUCCUGCAUCUAUCCCUACAGACUUGCAUGAGUCACCUCCCACCACUUCAGCUGCCCAUGGUUUUGAAAUGCUCGAUCCAGAGCUGGCUGAUUUCCAGCAGAUAUUAAUUAGCAUGGCUGCAGGUACCACUAACAUAGCUGCACCAUUACCUCAGACACUUUCUGUUCAAGCUGCCAGUAUUGUAGAACCUGCCAUGACCACUGACAUGCCAGUAUAUUGUAAUUUAAACAAGAUUGAUGUAACACAAACAGUAAUAGAUAAAUUUCCAACACAACCUGAAAAAUCUGUACCAUGAAGAUAGUGUCUUAGUAUGGAUGUGGAAGUCGCUGUUUUUACCAUAACUGACAUUAAAAUGCUGUAAAGUGCAGGAAAAUAUAAUAUCCUGUAUCUGCAGUGUGUGUGGUAUUGGUAUUGGAUGCAAACUGAGUAGAAAAAAUCCAUUAAAUACGAAUAUAUUAACAAUCCCAGAAUGAAAUAUCUGAAAUACAAUAGAACUGUAAUUUGUUGUCCCUCAGAGAUUCAUCAGGGAUAAAUUCAGUGUAGUAUUGAAAUUAAUAGCAUAGACUGAGGAGGUUCAGAAAUCUUGUCAGUGUUCAAGAAUAGAAGACAGGCAGAGAACUCCUAGCCACAAAUGCAGGCAUUGGACAGCACUACAGGCAUCAGUAAUUGGGCUUGAAGAUGGAAGCUGAAGAAUAAUUAACUUGAUAUAAAUAAAUAGCAUGUUCCAACAUGUCUGUAAAAUUGAGGGCCAACAAGUAAAAAUGAUAUACAAAUGUUAUUGUAAGAAGUCUGAAAUUAAAGUUGCAGGGAAGGAUAUCCAUGGGAUACACUGAACAAGAUGUUUGGUGAGGUACUGGAAGACAUCAACAAAUAAGAAAGAGCUGGCAAGAAAAAAUAAAGAAGGAAAGAUCUUGGAGAGAAAGAAGAAACUGGAGACUCUUUGCCUAUCAGUUAUGCUUAAUGAAGAUGAAGAAGAGGAAAAUGAAGUCCCAGUAUCCAUUAAUGUCAUGAGAAGAAAAAAAAGAUUUAUAUAUGGACUCAAAGAAGAAUUGAAAAUAACAUUCAAUGCCCCCUUUUAACAUCAGCUACAGUAAAAAAGAAAACUAAUUGAUAACAAGUGAGGCAGUAUAAUGCUUUCUGAUGUUCAUUUGUCACACCUCGUAAUAUUCAGUAGCUCUUCAGCAGACUAUUGGUAAAUACUAUAUGUACCAUAAAUGUCACAUAUUUGUAAUUCAUUCAUAUUGUCAUGGGAUAGAAUAACUAUGGACAGGGUUUGAUUUGGUAAUUGGAUUUAUGGAACACCUACAGGUCAUAACUACAAGUAACUGUAUCGCUGUAGCUAAUUCAUAUGCUCUACAAUUCACUAAAGCAUGCACUAAACCUUCUGAAUCUUUGGGUCAGAGAACAGCAGGUGUGAGUGUGAGUAGACUCAUGCCGAAUUAUGGUGCAACAAAUGUGGUGCCUACUCAAAAAACCCAAUCGCACCUCUUGUCAAAGAGAAUGCCUCUACUUCAAAACAUGUAAAUAUUCUUGGAACAAAUAAAAAUUGUGUAUGGGUGCUAGUGGGGCCCAGAACCAAGAAUGAGUGCUGAAAAAGGCCAGCAGAAAAUUACUGCUCUGCUCUGCGCUCUCAGGACAGAGACCGAUUGGGCCCAAAACUAAAAAUGACUGUGCUGGUAAAGGCAAACGGCAAAUUACUGCUGUACUCAGAGUAGACACAGAAAGUCCAAUGCCUCUUUUCAAUGAAAAGGAGACAGAAUUUCAAAACCCAUAAAUUUUUUGGAAAGAACAAAAAUAUAGUCAUUCCUGAUGGGGUUUGAAACCAAGAAUGUGCUGCGGCAGCAAAGUAUUGCUCUGCUCAGGGCAUCAGUUGUGAGACGGGAGUCAAUAUUUGUAGCCGCUGAUUAGCCAUGAGUCACUGAGCAUGGAAGCAGAGCAAUCUUCAUGGUUAGAAGGUGCUACCAAGCAAUGAAUAUGCAAAGAUAUAGCAGACUGGGAAAUCUUGGAGUGUGUAUUAGUGAAAGUUCUGUAACUGUUAG